CUCUUCCCCAACCUAAUCGUGGAUAGAGUGGUUGGUCUUACGUACUUACUUGAAGCUCGAUCUUCUGUCACAUCUCGAACUGCCUCGACCCUGCGACAAUCAGCCCUCGAAAGGCAGCUCCCGCCCACAAGACACGUCUCGGCACGUUGAGCUUCACGGACUUUGGGGGAGAUCUAUCGUCGCACCCUUUUCGCAUCGCACAGGCUCGGGUGUGCCGCCCACCACCGGACAUGACGAGGCGAUGAAUUCGAGAACGAGCUCCUACUCGCCGGCCUCACGACCGCAGCCUUUCCAGCGGCCCUCUGUCAGCUCCCGUCUCUCCUUUGCCGUCUCGACUGCAGAGCGGGGCGAGGGCGCUCCCCUUCCCGAGGAGCAGCGCAUCGAGGAGGAGAUUGCCGAGAUCAAGAGAUAUGAGGACUUUACGACAAUAGACUGGGUGCAGGAUGCCGCGCAGGAACAACAACGUCGCAAGGCGCGGCGACAGAGGCUGGCUGGUCUGGCCUACUCCGGCCAGGUCACUUGGAGGCUGAAGCUAUGGGAAGCAUAUGAUGCCGCCCAGGGCUGGGUUGUCGUCACCUUGGUCGGUGCCGCGAUCGGCCUUAAUGCCGCGAUUCUCAGCGUGAUCACGGAAUGGCUCUCGGACAUCAAGACCGGGUACUGCUCGACUGGCUUCUAUCUCAACGAGAAGUUCUGCUGCUGGGGAGAAGACAAUGGGUGCGACGACUGGAAGCACUGGACAGGUUUCGGGCCGUUCAACUACUUCAUCUACAUCAUUUUCGCGACUCUCUUUGCCUUUACGGCCGCUACUCUGGUCAGAUCGAUAGCACCAUAUGCUGCCGGCUCUGGAAUAUCCGAGAUCAAAUGCAUCAUUGCUGGAUUUGUCAUGAAAGGCUUCCUCGGAUUCUGGACCCUGCUCAUCAAAUCAGUCGCGCUGCCGUUGACGAUAGCUUCCGGGCUGUCCGUUGGAAAAGAAGGCCCCAGUGUACACUAUGCUGUAUGUACAGGGCAUGUCAUUUCACGAUUCUUCGAAAAAUACCGGAGAAACGCGUCAAAGUCGAGAGAGAUCCUCAGCGCAGCAGCAGCAACUGGUGUUGCCGUCGCAUUCGGCAGUCCAAUUGGAGGUGUGCUCUUCUCCCUUGAGGAGAUGUGCAAUUACUUUCCACUGAAGACUAUGUGGCGCAGCUACUUCUGCGCCCUGGUUGGUACGGCCGUCCUGGCGGCCAUGAAUCCCUUCCGGACAGGGCAGCUUGUCAUGUUCUCGGUCAAGUACGAUAGGACAUGGCACUUUUUCGAAGUUGUCUUCUACAUCGUCAUUGGCAUCUUUGGCGGACUCUACGGCGCUUUCAUGAUCAAGUGGAACUUGCGUGUCCAGUCCUUCAGGAAGAAGUACUUGGGACAGUACGCCAUCUUGGAAGCUACACUCCUCGCCUUUGGCACAGCCGUCAUCUGUUACCACAACGCCUUCUUGCGCAUUGAUAUGACCGAGAGUAUGGAGAUUUUGUUCUUGGAAUGCGAGGGGGCAGAGGACUAUCAUGGACUUUGCGACGCAAACAAGCGCUGGUGGAAUGUCCUGUCUUUGGUCAUGGCAACAGUCAUCAGGAUGUUUCUCGUCAUCAUAUCGUAUGGCUGCAAGGUGCCAGCGGGCAUUUUCGUGCCUUCUAUGGCCAUCGGCGCCUCGUUCGGACGAACAGUUGGCAUCAUUGUGCAAGCCAUCUACGACGCCAACCCACAAAGCUCAUUCUUUGCCGCCUGUCCACCCGACGGGCCAUGCAUCACGCCCGGCACCUAUGCUUUCCUUGGAGCCGCCGCGGCACUCAGUGGUAUCAUGCACAUCACUAUUUCGGUCGUUGUCAUCAUGUUCGAGCUAACGGGCGCGCUCACGUACAUUCUGCCUACCAUGAUCGUGGUUGGUGUUACAAAGGCUGUCUCUGAGCUGUUCGGCAGAGGCGGCAUCGCGGACCGCAUGAUCUGGUUCAACGGUUUUCCUUUCUUGGACAACAAGGAGGAGCACAAUUUUGGUGUGCCAGUCUCGACCGUCAUGACCCCUGAUCCGGUCGUGAUUCCUGUCCAUGGCAUGUCCUUGCGAGCGCUGGAGGCGCUCUUGCAACGGCCCGAAUACCAGGGCUUCCCCAUCGUUGAGGACGAGGUCAGACGUGUCCUCGUUGGGUACAUUGGACGGACGGAGUUGCGAUAUGCCAUCGACCGUCUGAGACGUGAGCGAUCAAACAUCAUCAGUCCUGACGCGAGAUGCUUCUUCACCCCGCCGGCCGUGACGGUGAACAUGACCGUCCCGCUCACACCGACAGUGACGGACAUGGGCACCUCGGCCGCGACGAUCGACCUUGGGCGAUACGUCGACGCGACGCCCAUUACCGUGCAUCCGCGCCUCGCGCUGGAGACGGUGAUGGAGGUGUUCCAGAAACUCGGGCCUCGCGUGGUCCUGAUUGAGCACCACGGCAAGCUCAUGGGUCUUGUCACUGUCAAGGAUUGCCUGAAGUACCAGUUCAAGGUGGAAGCUGGCGAGCACCCCAAGGAUGGGCACGAAGGGCACGAGCAGGCGUGGCAGCUACUCAAUGCUGCUGCGGGGUGGUUCUCGGAUAAGAUCUCUGGCGCAACAGGCGGGCGGAUCCGGCUGAACAGCUCGAGCAUCGACGAGUUCACACCAAUGAAUGGUGGACAGAUUCUCGAUGGGGAUGAGGACGUGGGCGAUGACGGGGUUGAACUGGAGAGCCGGCGAUGACAUGUGAGGCACAGUGUAACAGGCCCGAUUCGGAUGAGAUAGAAGCAAGCUCGAAUGUUUCUGGUACUACUGCUAGCUGUCUGAACCCUUGGAUGAACUCAGUGCGUAAUUGCUCCAACAGACUGGCUGAGAGCAUUGAUAACCACCUGGAAUGCGAGCUUUGGAAUGAAAACGAUGAAGAGCCCAAGUUUAGCCAUCAUGACUCGAUAUCAUCUUGUCCUCAGCGGGCAGCCGCUGGCAAUCAAGGCGCUAUGCCGUGGACCAGGCCCGCCGCCAGCAUG